CUACAGUUAGUUAUCGCUUUGAGGUGUCAAUAGGGCAAUUAAUUCGGAUAUAGAAUAAGAAAUUAUUUUAAAUGAAAAAGGUUCCAUUAGGAUUACAUUUUCCAUGGUGAUGUUAGCGUGCAAGGAGACAAACUGACAUCUACACACAGUAAACUUUGUCCAACUUUGGCUCAUCUUCCCGACAACAUCACCUGACUGUGGGUGAUUGCUGGUUAAUGAUUAAAAAAGCAUAAGAAUAUAUAGGCGCGCAUCGUCUCUUGACUAGUCUGUGUAGGCCUACCAAGUACGGUAAGUCCGAUAACGCGCAACUGCAGCAUAUAUACAUGUAUUUGACAGAUGUAUUCCUUAGGUUAAAACCCCUAAAUGUAACGAGGACAUUUUAAACUAGGCCACAUUGUUACUUACUUCCUCCUCCGCCCCCUUCAACGGAUGAAAAAACGAAACUGAACAUCUCUGAAAUUCUAUCAUCACUGAGAGGAGAGCGUUGAGCAACUGAGAAGAAAGACGCUUCGACUGACUGAGAUUAGAAGAAAUGGCAUUUUAUAACCAAGAACCUUUUCAUAAUCCGAGACUCCCUUUCACCGGCAGUAUCCAAGGUGGGCUGCAGGAGGGGAAGACUAUCACUAUUACUGGGAAACUUCACCAUGGGGCAGACAGGUUCCAUGUGAAUUUGCAGUGUGGUUCUAGGGCAGGGGCGGACAUUGCCCUUCACUUCAACCCACGAUAUGACAGUCACCCUGGAUAUGUGGUGGCCAACACCUUGCAGCAGUCCAGAUGGGGGACAGAGGAGCGGAAGCAGCAUUCCCCCUUUCAGCAUGGCUCUGGCUUCAGCCUCGUGAUCACCGUCCAGAGGGACGGCUUCCAGUUGAAUGCGAAUGGGAAACAUUUCAUGACCUUUAAGCACCGUAUUCCGUUUGACGCAGUGGACACCAUCUCAGUCGAGGGAAAAGUGGAGGUGACCUCCAUCGCCUUCCAGAACCCUGCACCCACCUUUCCUGCACAGCCAGGAUUCCCUUCUUAUCCGGGAUUUCCUGCGCAACAGGGAUUUCCUGCGCAACAGGGAUUUCCUGCGCAACAGGGAUUUCCUGCGCAACAGGGAUUUCCUGCGCAACAGGGAUUUCCUGCGCAACAGGGAUUUCCGGCGCAACAGGGAUUUCCGGCGCAACAGGGAUUCCCUUCUCACCCGGGAUUCCCUUCUCACCCGGGAUUCCCCGCGCAACAGGGAUUCCCUUCUCACCCGGGAUUCCCCGCGCAACCGGGAUUCCCCGCGCAACCGGGAUUCCCCGCGCAACCGGGAUUCCCCGCGCAACCGGGAUUCCCAGCGCAACCGGGAUGUCCAGCUGUUCCAUACAAGAACACGAUCAAUGGUGGACUCUACCCUGGACGCACCAUCAACAUCCAGGGAGUGGUUAACCCCAAUGCAAAUAGGUUUAAUGUUAACCUACUCUGCAACUCUGAGAUUGUGCUGCAUUACAACCCCCGAUUUGACGAGACCCUAGUGGUACGCAACAGCAGGCUGAGGGACCAAUGGGGAAAAGAGGAGCGCUCUGGUGGAAUGCCCUUCCACAGGGGCCAGGCCUUCACGCUGUCUAUUACCUGUGAGGCUCAGUGCUACAAGAUAGUGGUCAACGGGAAUCAGACUAGCACCUACAAACACCGCCACACCCUCCUUCAGCAGGUCAACGUUCUGGAGGUGGAUGGAGACCUCAGUUUGACCUCCGUGAUGGUUUAGGGCUGUACAACUGUGACUCAGCCACUUGUUUAAUUUUGUGGCACCUCUGACCCAAACCUCCACAUAUCUUUUUGAUCUGUUCUUGCCGCAAUAAAAAUUACAUUCACUUUG